AAAUUCAAUUGCGAGCAAAAAAUUUUGAGCAAAUUUCCUUUUAUAAAAAAAUUCAGUAUAAAUUUUGAUUUCUUUUACGCAAACCUGAAAUCUCAAAAUUAAACGUCCGUUAAAAUUCAGAUUUCAAACCCCAACUGCAGCAGCAGCAGAGAAUAAUCGUCUCAUAAGCUGCGCAACCCCUCGCAAGCCGAAAUUCUAUACCAAGUUCCUAUUCAAUACCAAGCUCGCUUGAAAUUUUUAAAACUUUCCAUAAACAAUUUGUGGAUCGGUCCAAGCAUGGAGAGAGCGAUGGCCGCCCAGCACGUGUGCAUCAACUCGAAGUCGCCGAGCUCGUACAAUGUCGUCUGUAACAAGUGUUGCUCGUCGCCGAAGUUCGAACAUUUCGAUAAGUUCCUGGCACACAGUUAUGCCGAACAUGGGCCUACUGUGCGUCGGAGCGCGCUCUCCAUCAUACCGGAGGAUAAUCUGAUCUCGGCACGCGGCAGUGUCUCUCACCUGAGCGCGCACAGUUGCCUAAGCGCCACUGGCGACUCCUCCUCGCUCUCCAACAAAACCUCCACUACCGAUUUCAAUCUAAGUUCACUGAAGCGGCCUUGUCUGCUAGACAUCAUAGAAUUGUUGAACAAAUGUUUCUGCAUUUGGCAUCGUCCAACGCGCGAGUCGAUGCCGCGUAGUGAGCGUCUGUACGCCUAUCAGCUGAUACUAUUCAAGUUGCGGGAGCACUUGCCCUUUGCGACGUUUCGUGACUCGCGCAGCAUUGUGCGUCAGUUGAUACAAAACUAUCUGCGUAACCAGAGGUUGGGGGAAGUGGAUGAUUUGUCGGUAUGUAGUCAAAAGCAAGACGAUAAUGAGAAUUGGCGUUUGGCAUGCCAAUCGCCUGCGUUGAAGUCGAAGAUCGUGUUGGACAAACUCAGUUUCUUGAAGGGCAGCAAUGAAAGGGACGUGGAGGAGCUCGUGCCGGACAAACUUUGCGUUUUCUGUAACAUCGGCUUUCAAAAUACGGAAACGCUUUGGACUCACAUGGUGAGCGCUCAUCUGCCAGCACGUAAGCUUCAACAAGCAAGCAACGUUACGCUCAACACUUUGGCCACCGAGUCUACAAUGGACACCGCAUAUUCCUCUGGUAGACGCAGUCGCGCCUCACGUUCAACGUUCGAUACCGAAAUGGACGCAACGCAAGAAUCAUGUACUCUCUCGGAGCCUACUAACCUGAGACGCAGUCGGCGACGUCGACGUGGUAUUUGGCAGAACAGACAGCGUGUCCGCACGAAAAAUAAAUUGUUAACGUUGAAGAGACUGCAACAGCGUCGACAGUCCAUGAGGCAAGUGAAAAGUGAGGGCGACAGUACCAGUGUAACAUUCAAGCAGCCGUCUACUUCUUGCCUCUCGGAGUACAGUGAUCAGUUUCUCGAAGAAUUCAUCGACCUUUAUCACCAGCAUCCGUGUCUUUGGAAUGUGAACAUCCCUGAAUAUCGUAGUCGCAAGUUGAGGCAAGCCGCCUACGAAGUGCUACAGAGAACAUACUGUCAAUUACGCGAGGUGCCAACCGUCACCCUCAGAAAGGUAAAAUCAUUGAUACGUCGUCUGCGUACUUAUUAUAGCCGCCUGGAGCAACCCAAUGCCAAUCCUGCGCGCAGUCAAAUUUGGCAACGUUUAGCAUUUAUCGAUGACCGUGAGCGACAACCUAAAAAACGGCGACGCAGCCGCAGCGUCAAUACUUAUGAACCACUUGACUAUGACUGCGCCGUCUGCGCUCGUAAAUUCAAGCAAGAAAAGUCCCUCGCCAAACACAAGCUUAUGACACACCCACCCACCGAAUGCCCAUCUUGCCGUGUGACUUUCAAGAGUGCCGAUGAGCUCGUGCAACAUUUACUCUAUAUGCACGACAAAGAAGCCGAUUGUCCGCUCUGCAAGGAGGCCCAAAGUGAGUGGCGGUCUGCCGCUCAUCUCGGCGUACACUUCUACGAGCAUCGUUGCCCCACCUGCACUGAGGUCUUUCGCGACGCCGGCAAUUAUCGACGCCACCGCGCCAGAUGUCGCAAUAUAAAUCGGUUCCGUUGUAAUCACUGCAGUUUCAAGUUUACUAACACUCUGGACUUUCGACGCCAUACCAAGGUGUCGCAUCAGGACGAACGUCCAUUCAAGUGUGAUGAUUGCAAAAUCAGCUUUAAGUAUUUGGCGCCCUUGACCAAACAUCAAAGGCUCCACAAACGCAUGCGUUACUUUUAGGCGAUCCCAACAACCGAUUAUGCGAGUUGAGUACCGCAGGAACCGAUGAUUCCGCAGUGUAGUUGUUGUGUGAAAUAGUUCUAAAUGGAAAAUUUUAAGUUGAAUUAAAAUUGCCCUUGUCUAAGGAA